GGGUUUCGUGAUGGCAGUGCUUCAUGGAGUACCCAAUGCCAUGCAACCCUCCGGUAUGGACUUUGGACAUAUUGUCUAUGCGCAGACCUCCUCCGCUGUACAGCGGCGGAUGAGCGAGAUCCUGCCUGGUGAUAUUAUUGCUCUGUAUGAUGCGAAGUUUAAAGGGCAUAAAGGUCUACAGACAUACCACCAAUCUGUGGGUGUUGGCGAGCCUUUGGUUGGUGUGAUAAAUGAGUUCGAGACAAAGAAGUCGAAGGUCAGGGUGUUCCAAGCAAACCAGCAUGUUGGACAGCAGACUGUUGAAUCUGUCAGCUAUCGCCUUGAAGAUAUGAAAAGCGGCCAUGUAAAGAUUUUCAGAGUACUCGAGUCUUGAAUUAUCCUGAACUAUCGAAAACCCCACAUUUUAUUGUGUAUAGAUGCCUAAGUAAAACAAUAUGUUGUAAGCGCUUCACUCAGUGUAAUAUCAACCUAGGACACAAGCUAGGACACGAUAAUAUUCAAAUAUAUCAAAUUUGUACAUUGGUGGUUGUACAAUGAACCAAAUGGACAACAAAGCAGGCCUGGUG